AACAGUCCUGCUGUCAAUCAGAUAUGCGCUGCUGUACCAGUAUUUCUCGCAGGUGAGUAUAUUUCUCGACUCUUUGUAACUUGGUCCCAUCCCUCCAGAGAGCGACCCUGAUGAGUACACCCGCUAUUGACUACGAGCGCAUCGUUGGGAACGACAGUCCCGCGACAUAUAUUGUCGAUGGAACCAGCGUCACCCUCUAUCGAGGCAUACCGCUCAACGGCGGUACUCCCGAUGGUCGCCGAUUUCUCUCCCUCGGCAAAUCCUACGGGCAUUUCUUCAUCGAUGUGGACGACUUCGAAAAGCGCAGUGAUGGCACCCUGCUUCGCCACGAUUACGAUCUGCUGAAGGAGGGCAAAGUCGCUUUCAACAUCUGGAACCGGACUGGCGGUUUCGUCGCAGCUCCAACGAGGAACUUCGUCCUGGACGUCGAGUUGAACGAAACAUUCGAGUCCUGGUCCGCGAGGCAGAGCAAGUCAUGGACCGAGAAGGUCGUCCCUUCUGUGCGCACCGCGACGCCGCCCUCCGCAGGCUACAGUGUCACCGCACGCUUCAUCCAGCCCGCCGAUGAUAUCGAUCUGGUCUUCUCUACCGCUGAUGGAGAGGUCCUUCUGAACCGUGAUCAGCUGCAAAAGCACCUCGACUCUCUUCCAUCCUCCGUCAAGCGAUCCCGCCCUUACGUCGUCAAAACCUGGGCAGACGCCAAGGCGGACAGGACCCUCAUCCUACUCAGCUCGUCGCCCUUCGGUUUUUUUCACACCUGGAUACCCGUUGGGCAGUACGAGCGGGUCUGCCAGGCCGUGGACACCGUCCCGCUUCAGAGGCCGUGGCCGGGGUCUGUCGCCGACGCUACCAAGAUCGAGGCAGACUGCAAGCUCGUUGGCAAGAAGGGCGACACGGACGAGUCGGUGGACGCGACGAUCACCCUGAACAAGAUUAAGGCGGCUCAGGGGAUGCGCGAUGCUGCGGGUGGUCAACAGCAGGUGGCUGGUGCCAGCGCUACGGAGGUAGCAAACAAGCUGUGGCAUGGGAGUCAGGGCAAGGCGGAGUGGCUGCACCGCGUCGCAUUCCGCUUCGGUGGACUAGGCGCCAGCUCGAACUGCCGCUCCGCGCAGCAGAAGCGCAACUUCAUCUUCGGCACGCACGAGUGCAACACUCAUAUGAUUCGCGCCGAGAACGCCAUCACGGAGCUCGUCCAAGGGUUGGAGGAGAGCGGCACACUUGUGACGGAGAAUAUACUGAGGGGCGAUGUGCGGCGCCGUCGAGAUGAUGGCGGUUUUGACUCGGUCGCUAUUCCAACGUGGCUGAAGACGCAACGCGAGGCGCAUCUCGGGAGCUUGUGGUGGCUCUGCUUCCGACUGAAGUACGAGUUCACUCUGACCAGUGCUCGCCUGAACGCCGCAUUGAACAUGUCCGUCGACUUUGACCCCUUCAGCCGAUAUGUGCCCUUCCGCAUCGAAGCAAGCCUCGACAGCGCCAUCCUGAAGGACCUCGUCUCGAGCGCUGGGCCGUCGCCGGCCAAAAAGCCUCGUGUUACUCGUGCGACGACAUCCACGACCUCACCCGUUGCAUCUGUAGGGCAAGCGUCUUCCACCUCUUCGCCCAUCGACGCAUCUCUCUUCAACACGUCUAAAGGCCUUAGCUCAUUCCCGCCCAAUCCACCGCCGUUCGUAACUCCUCGCCGUCUCCACAUCGAUGAUAUGUCUGCUCGUAUCCCGGCUGAGCUGGACGAUUCUCGUUUCGGAAGGGUCCCCGGAGGACUGCCCUGGCAGAGGGAGCGUGACGCCCCACGAGGCCCGAUCCCGCCACUGCAUCCCGUGCCUGAUACUGUCGACGAGCUGCUGCGAAAGCAGCGUUCUUCUCCGGGAGCGCAGGCCCACUCGCUAGCGGUCGACCUAUACUCUUUGGCGUACCCGAAGCCACCUUCGCCUCCUGUCUCCACUCAACAACCUAGCUUUUGGGCACCGGGCGCUGCGUCUGGUAUCUCCAGGAUCGCACUGGGCGCCGGCCGGGAGAGGGAGGAUGAGGUCGUGAUGGAUGAUGUUGUCAUUCGCUCGCCGCGCGUCUACGUGCACUCGGAAGAAAAGGCGAGUCGCCCAGGAGUGCAGUUCAUGUCCGCUCGAAGUGGACCUUCUUUCUUGUAUGGUCCCGACGCGCAGCACCGCUCGUUAGCCAACGAAUUUACUGUGCAAGGCGAGAUCGACCUCUUCGGCGUACCUGGCCUGACGGCAGAGUUCUCCAAGUGGAACGGCCCUGCUCCCGAGGGCUCUGAACUUGCGCAAGAUGGGUCCAAAGCCGUCUAUGAUCGCGCCAUCGUCCGCGACAGCUUCAAGCUCUCACGUAUCAUUCCCGGCAUCGAGGGCACGUUCUUCGACCGCCUCACGUUCAACUACGCCGUCGUCACGCAUCAGGAUGCGGAGUUCGAUUCUAUGAAGCCGGUCGGGUGGCACCUCGAUGUCGACCUCCCGAUAGAGCGUAGCUGCGGUGCUCUUCACGACGUCCUGCGCACCGUGCUUGGCGUCAAGGAGCCCGUCGUCCAUCUGCACGCAGGCUUAGGGCGGGCACAGAGCUGGGGGAAGAAACUUUGUGUUCACAGCUUCACCCUUGACGGCACCUUCCCGGGCACGAAGGUCGCAAUCUGCGACGGGCUGACGCUGACGUCUGUUGGGGUCGAACUCCUGGGCAUACGAUGCCUGAAGAUGACACCCGAGCCUCGCUCGGUCAUUGAGUACGGUUUCGGCAUAUUCGGGACGCUUAACAUCGCCAUGCCCGGAUCGGUUGUGCCGCUCGAGUUCGACUACAAGAUUCGCGAAGUAGGCAAGGUCUUGCAGCUCUCUGCCGAUCUGCAUGGCAACAUAUGGGACUCGCCGCUUGGGAUCACUGGUCUACGCCUCUCCGAAGUGACACUCACGAGCAACGUUCGUAUCGAUGCACCCCUGAAGUCAUUCGCCUUCGAAGUCUCGGCCGUCUUUGGGUAUGGUGUCACCUCGGCCAUCCUCUCUGGCUCGUACAGCGCCACCGAGGGUGUGACGUUGUCGGCCGUCAUCGACGACUUCGAUCUUCAAUCUCUCAACGACAUGUACGCGGCGCUGACGGGUACCGUGCUCAAGCUCCCCGACAUUGGCAUGGAGGUUGCAUCUGCAAGCCUUACGGUCUCUUCCAAAUCCGGCCUCAGCAUCGUCGUCCAGGGUCUGGAGGUUGCCGGUUACACCGUGGCGCUGGCUUCGCUCGAUAUAGGACCCAAGGGCGUGACGAUCACGGGGCUCCUGCAGACGACCUGCAUCACGCUCGGUGAAGUCGAUAUUCAAUCGGCUUAUGCCAGAAUCCAUCUCAGUGUAAACGGUCGUUCUUCCGUCGCGCUUGGAGGCGAUGUCACGUUCGCCGGCCUGCCCAUUCGUGCUCUUGUCUAUCUCCAGAAGGGCAAGAAGGGAGAAGGGCUGCAGUGGACGGUGUAUGGCGACUUGGGUCGUAUAUCUGUCGGAGACAUUCUUCCCGAUGUCAAGGGCAGUGAGGUCGGGUCCUUGGCCUUGACCAACGUCGCAUUCGUGGUCGCCUCUCAUGACGACGCGAACACCGCCAACGACUUGUUCUACAUUCCGUACGAGAUCAAGAAGGGCGUUCAGAUCUGCGCCAUCAUGGCUCCUGUAACUACGCUGGAUACGCUUCUGAGGCGCCCCGACAAGCCUACGCACGGCCUCAUCCUUCGCGCAGCCUGGAUCCGUGGCACCGGCUUCGAACUCGACAUAACCAUGCCUGCCGACACGAUUCUGGAGCUGGGCAACGGAAUCCGCACUGACCCCUUCCGCAUGCGCAUACACGCCUGUCCUCGUCCUGAACUUAUUCUCAUUGCUGGUGUAAAGGUGCCCGUUGCGCUGCCUGCUGGCGAGACCCUGGACUUCGCUCUCACAUUGGGUCUGCGACCCGAAGGCGCGAACGCUGCCGCUGAAAUGCAGGGUUGGUGGGUCAAUCCACUGGGACUCGGGAAAGACGUUGCAGUGGGACCGGAAGUUGUCUUAUCUAUCGGCAUUAUAUUUGCACAGUUCUUGACGACUGGUAUUCCAAGUGAGUUCGCAGUUGAAGGAGGGUUAAAGAUCGGCAGCAAGGCUGCUAGCGUGCUUAUGCAAAUAGCGGAAGACCCUUCUCGAGAACUGCUCAAAGGACACGCAGAUGAGCUUGGUGUUCUCGACCUUAUCACCUUCGCCAACGCCGCCACGGGUCUCAGCAUUCCAAAGCCACCCGAGUUCGCCUACUUCAAGCUCGUUGACCUCUACAUCUGUCCCUUCGGAACAACGGUUGGGACUCGCGUCUACCCUCAGGGAUUCUCCUUUGAGGCAUCAAUGUACAUAUUCGGCAAGCGCGCAUCCGCGAUGUGCGCCAUACUCGACAGGACCGUGACCGCUAAGGGCGAGCUCGAUAAUUUUGCUCUCGGUCCUAUCGCCGUCCGUGGCAUGCGAAAAGCCAGUCCUUCCGUCGAUAUUGCUAUCGGCGUCAGUGAACAGCGCAUCUUCAUCGAUGGCGCCAUUACCUUCUUCGAUGCGGAGGCCGCGGUGCAUGUCGACGUACAAGUCAUGCCGAAGCCAAUCUUCCAGUUCUUUACGAGACUCCACUUUACGGAUCUCCUCGUUUUCAAGCUCGAGGCUCAGCUCAUGGGAGCCUUGACGUUUGGCUCCCUGGAUGGAGCUGAUUUCGUAUUCAUGGCGGACUUCGAGCAGAAUAUCCUGCGAUACGUGCGCGACGAGAUCGACAAGCAGUUCGCGCUUUACCAGUCCAGUGCCGCUGCGGGCAUCAAGCGAGCCCAGGAAGAACUGGACAGCACAAAGCAGCAGCUCGAUCGGAAUAUUGACAACGCAAAGAGAGCGCUUGACGAAGCGCGGGCAGAAUGGAAUGCCAAGUAUCACGAAGUUGUCGACCAAGCCCAGGCGACCAUCAACAACUACCUGAGAACGAUUCGAGAUCUUGAGAAUGCUCUCAAGUACGCGGAGACGGACUACAAGAAGGCGCUCAGCGACGCUCAAAUGGCUGUCCAGCAGGCGAAUAACGACCGCGCAGCCGCCAUGCGCAAUGCCAAUAAGGCCCUCGAAUAUGCCAAACGCGAUGCGGCAGCAGCUAUCAACUCGGCCAUUCGCAAUUUGCAGCGGGCGAAGGACGACAUGAACCGCCACUUUGGAUAUGCCACCCGCGACAUUGAUCGCGCCAAAGCAAAGGUCGCUGACAUCGAGUACGACAUCCGAAAGACCCGAAAUGCCAUAGAUUGGUGCAAUAGUCUGCCGUGGUACGAUCCCCGCCGCGCCGCGAUCGUUGGGCACGGUAUCGCCCUAGGCGCGCUAUACUCUGCCAGAGAGGUUGCAUGGGCUGCCCUGGACGUCGCGAAGGCCGUACUGCACAGCGCGCGGUUCGUCGCUGCUGAGGGUGCGAUCACCGCAGCUCAGGAAGCCUUGAAGGGUGCGCGUACUGCGGCCACGGAGUCGAUCAAUGCCGCUCAGACGGCUGUGACUGUUGCUGAUCAUGCAUCGCGCGAGGCCGUCAAUGCUGCGAACGAGACUCUAGGGGCAGUCAAAUGGGGUGGUCAGUACAUCGCGUUCAAGCACGCGAGGGAUGCACUGUCCACCUUCCAUCAAGCGAACGACGCCGUGUUCAGGGCUGCCCGGGAGGCGAUUGACACCGUGGAGCAGUGCGGUGAAUACGCUACCUUCACCGCUGCUCAGAAAGUCCUCGAUGCGGCAAAGGAGGCGCUCAAGUCCCUUGAUGCUCUUCGCAAAGCCCUCGACUUCGCCAAAGCAUCGGCUGAGUUGGCAUUGCGCGUAGGCAAAUGGCUGGCCGACCACUUGCUCAGUCUCGUCGACAUCAGGAAGAUUCGCCUGGAGGGAACGCUGCGCGGAAUGCUGGGGGUUGGGGGCAAGAUCUCGAAGCCUUUCAGCGUGUACGUCGAGUACACCCUCGCGGGUAGGGACGGGAAAUUCUAUGGCGAGCUCGACUUGCGCGACGUAGCAGCAUUUAUUGCAUGCCUCUUUGAAAAGCUUUUGAAAGAGAUUGACGCCAUUAUCCCACGAUGGUUCAUCUGCAAGGAGCAGUAGUGUCGUAGCGAUUCUCUAGCACUUUUCUAUGUUGGUCGUAUCACCGAAGCCAUCAUGCCUCUUACUACGCGUGUUCACGAA